CCCGCCCAUGACUGCCGAUCUCCUCCUUUUCCAGGAAGUAAAAAACGCGUCAAAUAAGGAGGAACAAGGGGAAACGCGUCCUCCUCACAUCAGUCCCCUUCCCUCAUUAAUGCGUUAAUCACAUUAAUGUUUUAGAUGGUCGUGUGACGCAGCUGUAUGAUGUCCAUUAGAGCGCGAAACAGAGAGAUCUGCGCGGACUGUAGCGCGCACGAUGCUCGUUGGGCCUCGAUCAAUCGCGGAGUUCUGAUCUGUGACGAAUGCUGCAGUAUUCACCGAGGUCUGGGCCGCCACAGUUCUCAGGUCCGGCACUUGACCCAAACUCUGUGGCCCCCCUCACAUCUCCAGAUGGUGAAGUCCCUGUACAAUAAUGGAGCGAAUUCAAUUUGGGAACACAGUCUUCUGGAUCCAUCUUCCAUCAUGAGUGGAAAACGUAAAGCCAAUCCUCAGGACAGAGUCCAUCCCAACAAAACAGAUUUCAUAAAGGCUAAAUAUCAAAUGCUGGCAUUUGUUCAUCGAAUGCCGUGUCGUGAAGAUGAUAGCGUUACAGCCAUAGACCUCAGCAAGCAACUACACUCUAGCGUUCGAACCGGCAAUUUGGAAACGUGUCUGAGGCUGUUGUCGUUGGGAGCACAGGCUAACUUUUUCCAUCCAGAGAAAGGAAAUACUCCAUUACAUGUGGCCGCUAAAGCAGGCCAGCCGCUACAGGCAGAGCUACUCACUGUGUAUGGAGCAGAUCCCGGAGCACCAGACAGUUCUGGGAAUACUCCUAUUGACUUUGCCAGGCAGGCAGGACACCAGGAACUUGCAGACAGACUGGUGGAGAUCCAGUAUGAGCUGACAGAUAGACUUGCGUUCUAUCUGUGUGGAAGAAAGCCAGAUCAUAAAAAUGGUCAACACUUUAUAAUUCCUCAGAUAGCAGACAGAAAUGACAGUCUUGACUUGUCAGAAUUGGCCAAAGCAGCAAAGAAGAAGCUUCAAUCACUCAGUAAUCAUCAGUUUGAAGAACUAGCUAUGGAUGUUUAUGAUGAAGUUGACAGAAGAGAAACAGAUGCAGUCUGGCUUGCGACUCAGAACCACAGCACCUUGGUAACUGACACCACGGUGGUACCUUUCCUCCCUGUCAACCCUGAAUAUUCUUCCACUAGGAAUCAGGGACGUCAGAAGCUUGCAAGGUUUAAUGCACAUGAGUUUGCAAUGCUGGUUGUUGAUAUUUUAACUGAUGCCAAGCGCCGUCAACAAGGAAAUACUCCUGAUAAUUUCAAAGAUAAUGUAGAGUUAAUUCUGAAGGACAUUGGGAACCGUCAUGGCAGUGAAAGUUCUGAGAUGGAUCAGCCUGAUUAUGACAGUGUGGCAUCCGAUGAGGAUACUGAGCAAGAACUAACAUCUGGAAAAGAUGAGCGGACCAAGAGCUCAGAGUCCUCAGACUUGUCGGACAGCCCCAUCACUGUGCAGGAGUUCAUGGAAGUGAAAAGUGCCCUCACCACCUCUGAAGCAAAGAUCCAGCAGCUCCUCAAGGUCAACUGCCAUCUUAGUGAGGAGUUGAGACUCAUGCAGAGCAAGUUGAACUCCCUCCAGAAUGAGAACAGCACUCUGAAAUGGCAUACACCUAACAGUUUGGCAAGGCCGCAGGACCUCCCGCACAGGGCACCUCCACGUGGCUGUAGGGCCAUGUCGAUGUAUGAGACUGGCUCGGGUCUGAGGCAGUACCUCCCUAGAGGAGAGACCAUCUGCCCUGACACAACCUUGACUCUUCAACCACUGCCAUCAAAUAUUGGGAAGGGUCCCCCGGUGACUGCCUUCUCCUCCCUUCCCACGUUCCCCUCAACUCUGUCCUGGUCCUGGGAUGAGAUAACCCAAAGGGGAUCCACAUUAAACGCCCAGAGCAGCAUGCCAGAAAGUGACUAUGAUAAUGCACUGAACCACAUUGAGAUGGACGAGUCUGGGUCAAUGCAGAGUAAUUUCUCCAGGACGAGCGUCUGGCCUGGCGAUGGUACAGUGCUGCAGUCAGAAAACCCAUCUGAGGGCGAGUGUGACUCGUCUCUUCCGUGCACAGAGGACGUCAUCAGCAAAACGGAGCUGAUCACUAAGAACAUCCAGGAAUUACUCAGAGCUGCGCAAGAGAAUAAACAUGAGAGCUUCGUUACGUGUUCAGAGAGAAUUCUCGUAGCAGUGACAGAAAUGGCUACGUUAUUCCCCAAGAGGCCAUCCUCUGAGACUGUUCGUGGGUCCUUGCGCCUCUUGACCUCCAGUGCCAGCCGUCUGCAGGGCGAAUGUCAAAAAGCCACAUCACACGACUCCCAGCAGGUUAUUCAGUGUGCCUACGACAUUGCCAAGGCGGCUAAACAGCUAGUUACUGUGACUACCAAAGACAGUAACUGAGUUACAGUACAAGUGAGCGCCUUUACUCUUUAAUGUUUCACCAUGUAUUUUUAUUUGCUAUUAUAUUGUCCAGUAUUAUUGAUGAUCAACACAGCACAAUUUGGUUUGUAUUUCUGCAAAUAAUGAAUUGCUUUUGAAGUGUAUGCAUACGUACACUAACAUAACUUUUGGGGCACUAAGUCUUGAUGAUCAACGCCCUGUAUUUUUUUUAUUUUUUUGUCGUAGCUUUAUGGUACCAUUUUUAAAUGUAAACUAAUAUUUGUUUUGCUUCCUAUGGUGCUAAUUAACUAAUUUGUUAUGUCUGUAUUGCUCCUGUUUUUUGGAUAAACAGAAUAAGGCCUUUACUCAUUUAAUACCUGCACAUUUCAAAUAUACCACAAAGUUUAAGUGAGACUAAA